AUGACUUCCAAUGAUAAUUAUGCUGUAUUCCGCGAAUGUCUGUCUAAUGCCAUCGUGGCCCGCUCUGAGGAAAAACCAAAGCCAAUGCGACGGAAGCCCAAGGGCAAACGCACCGAGCGCAAAGACGUAACAACUGUGACAACAGCGUCAACAGUCUCCACUGUGAGAGCAGACCCCGAAGAACUCGCUGAAUUUGUUGAUUUCCUAGCCUCAGAAACCUUCACUACCUUCCCAAAUUCCCUCCAAACCCUAAGCUACGCAGCCAUUCAGCAUGACCCAACGUUAUCAACCCUCUACAUUCCCCCAGACGCCGACACCCCCCUCCCACGCGCCACACUUGAGUCGCUCUUUUCCCCAAUCCCAGUCAGCGUGACCGACUCGUUACUCGUUUACGGCAUAAUACCCGACGCAGCAGAUUUACUGGACUUCCUCGCACCUGUGCUGACAGAGUACACAUCGAGCGUGACGACUGGCCCGCCGGCUUGGGCGAGCACGCGCGCGGAUGCAUGCGAGAUUUGCGAACGUGACUGGAUCCCGCUCUCGUAUCACCAUUUGAUCCCGCGCGGGGUGCAUGCCAAGGUUCUCAAGAAAGGGUGGCAUGAUGAGUGGAUGUUGAAUAGUGUGGCGUGGCUUUGUCGCGCUUGUCAUAGUUUUGUGCAUCGCAUGGCGACUAAUGAGGAGCUAGCUAGAGAGUGGUUUACUGUUGAGCGAAUUUGUGAAAGAGAGGAUGUGCGGGAUUGGGCUAUGUGGGUUGGGAGGGUUAGGUGGAAGGCGAGGUAG